ACUCCUACAAUCCUCUUUAUAUAGACCAUAUCCAGCUUAAAAAUAUACUUACUAAUAAGCCUCAGGUACCUUUCCAGUGAAUUGAAGCCUUACGCUGGAGUCUUGAAGUACUACUCAUGGGACUACGUGCAUUCCAUCUAGUUUUGUUUCUGCUUUUCUGCGUCGCUCAGGUUUCAUCAGAUCUUCAUUCCACUGUCAAUGAAGAAGAACCAGCACAUAUUAGCCAGGCAUUUCAUGUGUUUGCCAGAGGUGCAGAGAGAAGACUGGUGCAAGGCAUAGCCCUGAGGCUUUCAAAAUAUCUCAACAUUGGGCAACAUCUUCCUCCAGCUCCAGCUCCAGCUCCAGCUCCCCAUUAUGCUCACCUGGACUGUGGUGGAUUGUGCAGCCAUAGAUGCAGCUUGCACUCUAGGCCAAAUGUGUGCCUCAGGGCAUGUGGGACUUGUUGUGUUAGGUGCAAAUGUGUGCCACCAGGGACCUUUGGCAACAGGGAGCUGUGUGGAAAGUGUUACACUGACAUGACUACCCACGGCAACAAGACCAAAUGCCCCUAGCUACCCCAACUAUGGCCAUUUGCCUGUGACUGCUUGUCGUAAUUGAAAGCUAAAUGGUGUUGAAUAGUAAUAGUUGUGAUGUUUUUCUACUGUGAAAUUCUUGUUAAAUAUAAGCCAAAAGAGGGCAAUGUCAUGUUUUAGUGUUUAAAGCGUAUGUAUAUACAUAUAUGUGAGUGCAUAUGCUGUUGUGUAUUUGGAAGAGGUACUGCUAUUUCCUUGUUUUGGUUGAAAUGAAGAGUGUGCCUUGAUGGUUUGUUUU